UAUUCUGAAAAUCCCCCUAUUUGAUUUCACAACAUAAUUUGCUGGGGAAUACCCGAUGAACAAUCAAUAAUGCAAAAGCAUUAUCUAUUAUUCGCUGAUGGAUUAAUUGAUUUUGUCGGCAAUAUUCAAUAUAUUGCACAAUGGAAAGCAAUUACUCUAAUGGCCGCCGAUGAUAACUAGGUCCCUGAGCACGGGUCAUUGGCAGAAUCAGAUAAGUGUGUGACCCCGACUGGGGGCAUGUGGCAUGUGGAAUCCAGUUAGCCAUAUCCUCCGGCCAGGUCGUGUCAGUGCCUUGUUGGCAAUGUCACCGAACACUUGGGUAAUUGAAAUGCCGACACAGAAAGCGCGCUUGCAUCCGUAUCCGCGUCGGGUAUCCCCGUACCGGACACCAUCAGUGAAUCGGAAUGCCUUCAGCCAUGAGGCGCCACCACCAGCACCGUCGCCACCUCCAAAGACUCUGGUGCAUCCUGUGUUUGAGGACAUUCGAACGAUACUGUCCGUGCUGAAGGCCAGCGGGCUAAUGCCCAUCUACGAGCAGGUCUCCAGCUACGAGGUGGGGCCACCCACCAAGACCAACGAGUUCUACUCGUUCUUUGUGCGAGGCGUGGUCCACGCCCUGACCGUCUUCAACAUUUACAGCCUGUUCACGCCCAGCUCGGCGCAGCUUUUCUACUCGUACCGCGAGACGGAUAAUGUAAAUCAGUGGAUCGAGCUGCUGCUCUGCAUCCUCACCUACACGCUGACCGUUUUCGUGUGUGCGCGCAACACCAAGAACGUCCUACGGAUCAUGAACGAGAUCCUGCAGCUGGACGAGGAAGUGCGCCGUCAGUUUGGGGCCAAUUUGAGCCAGAACUUUGGCUUUUCGGUUAAAUAUCUGGUGGGUAUUACCGCCUGUCAGACAUACAUCAUUGUGCUGAAGAUCUACGCGGUGCAGGGCGUGAUCACGCCCACAUCCUACGUACUGCUGGCCUUCUAUGCCGUGCAGAAUGGUCUGACAGCCACGUACAUUGUGUUUGCCUCCGCUCUGCUGCGCAUCGUGUAUAUUCGUUUCCACUUCAUCAAUAAGCUACUCAAUGGGUACACGUAUGUCCAGCAGCAGCGGCGGAAGGGCGGCAAUCGACGACAGGCGGCAGGGCCAUCGCUCAUGGAGCACUUUCCCGAGGACUCGCUGUUCAUCUAUCGCAUGCACAACAAAUUGCUGCGCAUCUACAAGGGCAUCAACGAUUGCUGCAACCUGAUACUGGUCUCCUUUCUGGGCUACUCCUUCUACACGGUCACCACGAACUGCUACAAUCUCUUCGUACAGAUCACCGCCAAGGGAAUGGUCUCAUCGAAUAUUCUACAAUGGUGUUUCGCCUGGCUGUGCAUGCAUGUCUCCCUGCUGGCCCUGUUGUCGCGCAGUUGUGGUCUAACCACCAGAGAGGCCAAUGCCACAUCCCAAAUACUGGCUAGAGUCUAUGCCAAGAGCAAGGAGUAUCAGAAUAUUAUUGAUAAAUUUCUAACCAAAAGCAUCAAACAGGAAGUACAAUUCACGGCCUAUGGUUUCUUUGCCAUCGACAAUUCCACGCUCUUCAAGAUAUUUUCAGCUGUGACCACUUAUUUGGUAAUUUUGAUACAAUUCAAACAGCUGGAGGACUCCAAAGUGGAGGACACCGUACAGGAACAGCCACAGACUUGAAUAUAAAUUAUAUUUUGUCACUCUCAAAUGUACUUUCUAUAC